UUUGUGAUAUGAGCGGAAGUGACGUAUGUGGCUCGGUUGCUAAGCUGCAGCAGAGAUCAAACAGUCCGUCAACAGGUAGAACUCUGGACUCGGGCUCACCUGGAGCCAGUUUAACCCGAACAGCGGCUGAGCUGGUUCCCUGAGACCCGAACCCGGGGAAGGACUAACCAACAACCGGUCCAGCGUCUUCCGGUUCGACCUGCUAACUAAGAGUUGCUAACUCGCUGGUGAUCCUCAGAAGGAAGCGGCUCCAUGGAGAUGUCCUCAUGAUUUAACUUCAGCACUGGUCUAGUUUCUCCCAGUGUGACCAGUAUGGCUGCUGCCAGCACCACCAAGAUCUCAUGGCGCCUGCAGGAGUUCGAGGCCCACUCCCGCACCGUCUCCUGCCUGUCUCUGGGGAAGAGCUCGGGCCGCCUGCUGGCCACCGGAGGGGAGGACUGCCGGGUCAACAUCUGGGCCGUCAGCAAAGCCAACUGUGUCAUGAGCUUGACGGGUCACAAGAACCCAGUGGAGUGUGUCCAGUUCAGUGUGUCAGAGGAGCAGGUUGCAGCUGGUUCCCAGUCUGGAUCCAUCCGUGUCUGGGACCUGGAGGCAGCUAAACUUCUACGCACCCUGAUGGGACACAAAGCCAACAUCACCAGCCUGGGCUUCCAUCCGUUCGGAAACUUCCUGGCCUCCAGCUCCAUGGACACCAACAUAAAGCUCUGGGACGUCCGGAGGAAAGGAUACGUGUUCCGCUACAAGGGUCACACGGAGGCCGUCAGGAAUUUAGCCUUUAGUCCGGAUGGGAAGUGGUUGGCCUCAGCGAGCGACGACUGCACUGUGAAGCUGUGGGACCUGUUCCAGGGGAAAACCAUCACAGAGUUCAAAUCUCAUUCUGCAGCCGUCAACGUGGUCCAGUUCCAUCCUAACGAGUACCUGCUGGCAUCUGGCAGCUCCGACAGGUGCAUCAAGCUGUGGGAUCUGGAGAAGUUCACCAUGGUCGGCUCUCUAGAAGGGGACACCUCUGCGGUCAGGUGCCUCCUGUUCAGUCCGGACGGCUCCUGUCUCUACAGCGGAGCCUCGGACUCUUUGCGGGUCUUUGGCUGGGAGCCCGAUCGCUGCUUCGAUGUGGUUCCUGUUGGCUGGGGGAAGGUUUCAGACCUCGCCGUUUGUAACCAGCAGCUUAUCGGCGUGUCCCACCAGCUGUCCAGCGUUUCAUCAUACGUGGUCGACCUGAAGAGGGUGAAGAAAAGCGGCGGUGCUGUGAUCCAGGGCAUCAUCCAGGACAACAAGCCGCUCACAGAUCCAGCAGAACCCAAAGGAGCAGCACUACGCCGGAACUACGACAGACCCACCACCACCUGUAGCUCCAACAGGAUGAAGCGCUCAGAUACCGAUAGGCGCAGUCCCGACGGCGAGAGGCGGAGCCAGAGUGAGGACGAGGCUGAAGACAAACAGUCUUCAGCGGAGAUUCACAACGCUGAAGAUUACAGAGAGAUCUUCCAGCCGAAGCACGCCAUCUCACGGACUCCUCCCAGGAUCUCAGAGCCGUUUCCUGCUCCUCCUGAAGACGCAACCCGACCAGUUUCAGGGAUUGAACCAGACAGGACCUCACCUGUUCAGUCUCUGCAGAAAAACUUCUGGUUCAGUCCGAUUCAAGGAAAAACUCUUACAGCUGUUUUUAAUCAGCUGCAAUUGUGUUUACAACCCUUCAAAAUAAAAGCAGAGAGCGUGCUGGCCAUCGGUCGGCAGCUGACAGACAUGAUGCUCCCGUCUCCUGACAAGCAGCAGGCUCCACCCCUCGCCACCUCUACUCCUGUUCAGAGGGUUGAACCCACCGUUGUCUCCUGUGCGAAGCGCCCCAACCCUAUGCCCUGUAACCCCGCCCCUUCCAGCCAGCUAGCCCCUCCCACUCAGGUGAUCCCCACCAAAUCACAGCAGCAGCUCAGAGUGAUCCCGAGUAGCCGGAACGAGCCGCUGGGACUGAACGUGGCCGACUUCCUGCCGUCUGCAGCCAACCACCGGGGCGGCGCUCUGAGCGAUGACAGCGCUCUGUCCCAGAUCAAAAAGGGCCACGACACCAUGUGUGUGAUGCUGAGCAGCCGCCACAGAAACCUGCAGACGGUUCGAUCCGUGUGGGCCCGAGAGGACGUCAAGAGCGCUCUGGAUGCUGCCGUCUCCAUGAACGACCUGUCCAUCACGGUGGACGUCCUGAACAUCGUCAACCUACAGCCCUCUUUCUGGAAACUGGACCUGUGCACGACGGUCCUCCCUCAGAUCGAUAAGCUGCUGCAGAGUAAAUAUGAGAGCUACAUGCAGACCGGUUCCACGUCCCUGAAGCUCAUCAUGAAACACUUCUGGACUCUAAUCUCAGAGACACUAAAGGCUUCACCAGCUGUUGGAGUCGACAUCACACGAGAGGAGCGGCACCAGAAGUGCCGGGAGUGCUGCCGGCACCUGAAGAACCUGAGUAACGUGGUGAAGAACAGGGCAAGGCAGGUUGGUCGUCAUGGCAACGCCUUCAAGGAGCUGCAACUACUGAUGGCGCCACUCGAUGAGGUUCUCUGACCAUUGGCUGGUCUGCAGAGGAGCAACAUGAGGAAACUGAUCUGAGAGCAGCUGGAACGACAGGAGGUUCCAAGGCUGUCUUCUGGAGCGACCCAGAACCAAACACCAGCAGAAUUGACUGCAGAGCUCGAGAAAACACCUGGUUCUGAUCAUGAUGAGCAGGUGCUGGUUGGACUGAGGGAACCUCAGAAUGUUUCGGUCCAGAUGUUUUCACUCUUCCACAGCUUGGAUGUUCAUAAGUGGGUUUAAACUAAGAUCCAUGGAAAGGUGUCAUGUUGAAGCAGCAGCUUCACUGCACAGCACCAGAACCGGCCCAAAGCACAGAACCAUUUACAGCACUCGGUCCAAACUGAUGGAUUGCUAAUUCAUUUUUCUGUUAACAGUCGAUCAUUUUUAUUUCUAAUGUUGAGAUUUGCAGAAACGUUAAAAGUUCAACAAAUUAAAUAAUUUCCAGAAUUUGCAGAAUAAUCUUUGCUGUCUGAAAAAAAUGAAGCAACAUUUUAUGGAUCUAACCUGAUCCUAACUUGAAUUAUGGCAGGUUGGGUCCUCAUAUCACUGGGUUCUUGGGUAGAACUUGUCACUUGCUGCUGUUAACGUAACCAUAGACCCACUGAGCAGAACCUCCUGACGUCUGCUGCAGCAUGAAGCCGACACACAUUGAUCAGAAUCCCUCUUUGAUUUGGACAUAUUUUUAUCGAGCAGAACCCGUUCAGCUCUUUGACUUUGUUCACUAACAGCAAUGAGACUGCAGACACUCGGGUCGGACGUUCCAGUCUCCUUCCUCCUGUAGACAUCUGCAAACAUCUGUGAAGCUCAAUAACCCAACAGGAAGUGAAGGAGAAACAGAACCUCUGGUCCAGGCAUCUUCUCUGCUGUGUGCGGAUCUUCAAUAAACGUUUCCAUCCAUGCCUCCUGUCUCUCAGGCCACAGAGCUUUCUGUUCCAGUCAGCAGCUCUCAGUGAAGAUCCUUCAUUUCUGCCUUCACAGGAAGAUCUGAGGAGGGUUAUAGAAAACUAGGAUCCUGUUCAGAACCAGAGCUCCUGAACUGUGGCCUUCCAGCUUUGUGAAGAUAGCCAUGCUCACCGUCUGCUGCAGACAGAUCAGUUUCAGGAACAGCUCAAACUGCUGAAUAUUGCAGGCAGAAACCAGUUUAUUCUGGUGUUCUUGAGAAUGUCCCAGUAACUGAAGCCUCUGUAUCAGCUGAGAUCUUUCUGAAGUGUUAGACUAACCUUCAUCACAUGGUGGGCAUUCGAUGAAGAUGGUCUUCUUUCUACAUGUUCUGUCCACCUACCUCCUCCUCCACAGAGCCUCAUCUCUGGUGAGCUCAUCUGGUGCCACUUUCAUGCUGCUUGUAGCUGAUUGGUGUGUUAAACAAAGCCCUUGUGUGAUUGGACAGCAGCUAGAUGCUUUAAACAGGAAACCUUUAGGAGUUUAAUGUUCUGCAGAAGGUGUGAAGAUAAACCUGAGCUGAAGGUUUACUAACUGGAUUCAUUAUUUUAGUGUGUAAGUAAUCCUCCAUGAUUCCAGCAGGACCUGCAGGGUGGAGCAGUUGGCAGUGCUGUUGCCUUACCUGCAUCCAGGGGUUCUGUCCAGGUGCUCCUGCUUCAAGGUCCAAACAUGACUGUUAGGCUAAUUGCCCUUAUGUGUGACUGGACAGUGUGUGUUUGUCCUGUCCAGGAUGACCCAGUCUCAACCAAUGACCACCGAAGAUGGGUGGAUGGACUAAAAGCAUCUGAAGCCUCUUUACGUUUUUAUUUGCUGUAACUGCGUUGAUGAAAACGUUGUUUGGUCGGAUUGUCUUUAAUUUUUCAUCAUUUUUUUCCGUUUACCAGAACAGUUGGAUUAAAAAGUUUCCGUGAGGUGAAGACAUCUUCUUCAUGCAACAUUAGUCAAAUUACAUAUAGGAAACAAAAAGGACUCAUUGCUCAACCUAAAAGUUAAGAGGUGAAAACAAAUCUGAAGGCAAAUAUUUAUGUGGAAUGAAAAAUGAGAAAAUCUGCUGAUAAAUCCGAUUUCUGUGGCAAAGUGAGCGCUUGAUGUGACCCCAGUGGAUUAAACAUGAACGACGCUGAGCGACUCGAUUCAGGACUUUAAUAAAAACAUUUAGAAAAAACAA